ACGGUGUCUAUACUAUUUUGUUUCUUUCUUUACUGUUUGAAUUUGUUUGCCAUGUCGUGUGUGUAUGGUUACUCUUGCAUUUCAAUUCUACUUAAAGCAGGUGUAUACGGUAUUAGAUUGUGUUAUAGGAAAGGGCGUAAGUGAUGGUUUGGAACCAGGCAGUAUCCAGUAUGAAAUAUUCUUUACGUUACUAAUCGCUGUUGUAUGGCUGGACUUGCUGUGACAUAUGGCCUGAAUUUAAAUGGACGAUUGUCUCGCUGGAUACUUAGCUUUUGUAAGCUAGAAAAUAAAAUUAUAUCUAUUGAAAGAAUUUAUCAGUACAGUCAAAUUCCUAGUGAAGCACCACCAGUUAUUGAAGAAUCUUGCCCUCCGUCCUCAUGGCCCGAGAAUGGGACAAUCCAACUAAUUGAUCUGAAGGUUCGUUACAAGGAAAAUCUUCCCAUGGUUCUUCAUGGAGUAUCCUGCACAUUUCCUGGUGGGAAGAAGAUUGGAAUAGUCGGACGAACUGGCAGUGGCAAAUCUACUUUGAUUCAGGCAUUAUUUCGAUUGGUUGAACCAGAAACCGGGAGAAUCCUUAUAGACAACAUUGAUAUCUCAGGAAUCAGUCUUCAUGACCUUGGCAUCCAUUUGAGUAUCAUACCACAAGAUCCAACCUUAUUUGAAGGCACCAUUCGAGGCAAUCUUGAUCCUCUUGAAGAGCAUUCUGAUAAAGAGAUUUGGGAGGCACUAGAUAAGUCUCAGCUUGGACAGAUCAUCCGUGACCAAGAACAAAAGCUUGAUACACCAGUGCUAGAAAAUGGUGAUAAUUGGAGUGUACGACAGCGGCAACUUGUUUCUCUUGGUCGAGCCCUACUCAAGCAGUCAAAGAUACUUGUACUUGAUGAAGCAACAGCAUCUGUUGAUUCUGCAACUGAUAAGCUUAACCAGAAGGUUAUCCAAGAAGAGUUCAGAGACUGCACUGUGUGCACUAUUGCUCAUCGUAUUCCUACUGUUAUUGACAGUGAUCUUGUUCUGGUACUCAGUGAUGGUCUAGUUGCAGAGUUUGACACCCCAUUGAGACUAUUAGAAGAUAAGUCAUUGAUGUUUUUGAAGUUGGUGACUGAAUAUUCAUCGAGAUCAAGUGGCAUGCCGGAUUUUUAAACAAGUUCAAAAUGUCUCAAAACCUUCAUAGUUAGCGGCAAAAAGAGAUUAAGAACCUUCAGAGGUAGCGGCAAUCAAAAGUUGAAACAGUGACGAUGCUUGAGUUGCUGCCACUGCUGCAUUGGCACACGCAGAGACAUAAAAUGAAUAGACGUGCGUUGAUCAACUUGAUCAACCGCUCCAGUGGAGGAGUAAAUGAGUUUCCUGUUUGAAAGUGUUAUAAGUUGAUACAUCCGUUUGAGAAAUUCAUGCAUGGUUGAGAUGCUUGGUUACAAAAAAGAUCGGCUGUUACAGUAAGGUAAACACGGGGCAUCUGCAUCUGAAUUGAUGGGAUCAAUUAUGUACAAUAAAGAGUUCUGAGAAUGAGGUAGUAGAGUUUUUUGCUUAGAGAAGUUUAGAGUUGGAAAUAGUCUUGUGUAUUCCACGGUUUUCUUAUAGCAAAGUAAUUCAGAAUCAAGGCUGUUCUAGGCUGAAAAUUUGACUACAUUUCAUAUCCCACAAGAAUGAUAUCGGUUAUAUUUUUUAUCUACCACAUAUUGAUUAGCUUUCUUAUAUAAUCUCUGAUAAUGUAAU